AUGACCAAUUUUUUGGGGGACAUUUUUUGCUCCUUCCCCUCAGAUUCUCUCUUCUCCACCAUAACCACUUUUUACACUCUCGCCCUUCUCUAUUUUCCCUCUUUCUCUCUCCAAUUCAUCUUCUCCCCCGUCAUUUUCUCCACAAUAAUCCUCUUGCUCUGCCUCCUCAGGCUCGGCGCUGCACAGAAAUCGGCGCCGGAGAGCGGCGGAUCUGGCCGGCCGGCCUCCGAUUCUCCGCCGAAAAUUGAUGAAUCCAUCAUCGAUCGCGAUUGGAAAUCGACUGCGGAUCUCGGGCAGUGUUCCCGCUCAGAACCAGACCCGAAAAGCGCCCGGCGUGCGUUCUAUGCGGACUCGUUUGUUGAGUGGGACGUGAGGGCGCCGCUGGAGGUCAUACACGAGGAGUACGAAGGGGAGGAGGAGGAUGGCGUGGAAAACGGCGCCGUUUGGGAGGCCAGGCGGGAGUCGGAGAUGAAUGCCAUCCGGAAAUACGCGUCGCUGUCGCUGUAUUACCCGGAGUCCGACAGCGACGCCUCGUCGGAGGGGGAUUUCACGGUGGACGGGGAUUGGGGAUCGCCGGAGAACGCGUGCUUCCGGUGGGAGGAGGAGGAGGAGGGGGAGGAGGACGACAGGGAGGGGUUGAUCGAGAUCGAGUUGAACGGCGGGAAGAAGGGCGCCGGCGAGGUUGAGGAGGAUAAUUUGAUCGAGAUCGAGCUGUUCCCGGCGAGCUGA